CUCAUUUUAUUUUUAGAAUAUUCGUAUUAUGGCCAAGUACUACACAAGGAUCACAAUGACGAGACUGGCACAACUCUUGGAACUAACAGAGGCAGAAGCUGAAGAAUUUCUAUCAGACCUUGUUGUAAAGAAGACAGUGUUUGCAAAAGUUGAUCGUUUAGCAGGGAUUGUCCAUUUUACUCAAGAGAAGGAUCCUGUGGAGAUCUUAAAUGGUUGGUCACAUAAUCUGAAUCAGCUAAUGCAACUCGUUAGUAAGACAACACAUCUGAUCAACAAGGAGGAAAUGAUACAUCAGUUUGUAAAUUGAUUACUUCAUUAAGCGGUGUGAAGUCUCGCCUAGACAGUUAUUUGUGUUUUUAAAAAAAGCUUUGAUUAUAUGUCUAUCUAUUAAUACUGGUAUUGGACUCUUUGUACUGAUAGCAACCAAAUGUUAAUACGUAGUGUUGGUAAUGAUCAUGGGGCUGUA